UCGAUCGAAGAAGGACAGAGAGGAAGAGGAACGAAGAAGAAGAGAAGAAGAGAAGAAGAGAAGAAGAGAAGAAGAGAAGAAGAGGAAGAGAGAAGAGGAUCAUUGUAGAAGAAAAAGGGAGUCAGGAAUCCCCAUUUUUUGUUUUUUUCCCGAGAAAAUCUUGAAACAGAAUAAGAAGAGAAGAAGGGAAAGGGCGAACAAGUUUUUCCAUUCGUUACAUCAGAAAGUUGGGGGGACUUGUUCGUCGAGCAGCAUCUGCGGCAGUGUGUUUUCGUCGAGCAGCUGCUGCUGGGGUUCGAAGGUUCUGCAAUUAAGCUGAAGAUCAAACCUUCGACUGAACUAAUUACAUCCAAAGAAACGCAAAUGGCGAAACAAAUGACUUGUUUCGCGGUUUUUGGAAACAUGAAAUCCCUGCUCGACGACGGAGUUUGGCAUCACCACAAUCACCACCGUCUCCGCCACUGAAUAUAGGGUUUACGGACCUGAUCCUGGUCUUCUUCUUCUUCUUCGUCGUGGUUCCAGUCUUUGGCCUCGGCUUUUUCAUCCAUCCGGAAAUGGAAGCUUGCGGUUGCCAGGAGGGAGGUGAUCAAGAGACUUGUCGUUUUGGCAUCCGAAGAGGCCGCUAGGGCUGAGCUUGAGGGUUCGAUUGAGUAUGGUGCCGCCGUUUCCGUUGCUCGGGAGUUUCAGUGUGCAUCUGUUUUUGCCCCACCUCCACGCGUUGCUCUCGUUGCAAGGCCGUGAGAUACUGAAGCUCCGUAGGUUGUGAAGUACACAAUAAUGGCAGCUUCAACUUCUCUUAAGGAGUAUCUUAAGAAAUACCAAAGCAACAAUGAAGACGAUAAGAAAAAGAAGAAGAAAAAGAAGGAGAAGCCGAAAGCAGCUUUGAUGAGCGGCAUUCUUGUCGUGGAUGAAGACCCUGUGUGGCAAAAACCAGUGAAACUUGAUGAAGAGGAAAACGAGGAUGAUUCCGCAGAUGAAGCAAAGCCACAAGUUGAGGAAGACAUUGAAGUGAAGCGCAUGAAGAGAAUGGAGCAAAUUCGAUCUCUGCGACCCUACAAUGCAAUUUCUGAGGAUGGAAGUGGUUGGGUCUCGAUAUCUGAUGCUCCCAAACAAUCGAAUUUUGAUAAAGAAAAGGUUGAUAUCUCUCCACCAUGUCGACAAAGGGCUCGAUAUGACACUCCUUCACCAGAGCCCAAUCAGAAGCUUGUAGAUUCUACCAACGAAAACCCUGAUUUGUCACAGCCCUGGCAACGGCAGCAGAGACAAUACAACAUGCCAUCGCCAGAUCCUGAACAGAAGCUUGCUGGUGGUAAUGAAGUUUCUGAUUUAUCAAUACCAAGACGGCAGCAGAGGCGGUUUGACUCACCAUCUCCGGAACCCAAACUGAAACCUGACAGUUCUGGUCAAGAAGUUUCUGAUUUAUCACCGCCAAGGCAGCAGCGGAGGCGGUAUAACUCGUCAUCUCCAGAACCCAAACUCAAACCUGACAGUUCUGGUUUAUCAAUGCCAAGGAGGCAGCAGAGACGAUAUGACACGCCAUCACCAGAAGCUGAACCCAAUCCAAUGAAGUCUGACGAACCCCAUCGUGAUUUAUCCCCACCGCGUCGCUCCAGAUCUAGGGCAUUCUCUGGAUAUGAAAAGAAUUACUCUGACAGAUCUGACUUGCCUGAGCUAUCUCCUCAACGUAUUCCAAAUAAGAAUGCAGACCUUUCUCCACCUAGGAGAAGCAGGAAGGAUCCACGGAAAUCAGAAUCAUCUGAUCUCUCUCCUCCUCGACAUAAUCCUCGUGGUUCACUGGAUAACAAGUCUUCCAGCGUUUCUCUAGCGGCAGAUCUUUCUCCCCCAAGGAAAAGAAGGAAGAACUCUGAGAGGUCUGAAUCACCUGAUAUCUCUCCACCUCGACGGAUUCGUCUGCAAAUAGCAGAAGUUGAUGCGUCUCGUGCUUCAUUGGUGGUAGACCUAUCUCCUCCCAGGAAAAACAGGAAGGAUUCAUCUUCAUUGAAAGAGGGGCCAAAGGCUGGUUUGGUCAGUCGCCAAGAUUUUAGAGAAGAAACUGCCAAACUGAAGGAGGAUUCGGCAAGGUUCAAACAUAUGGUUCCUUCUUCAGGGGGCCCAGGUGCAGAACCAGUUUAUCGUGACAAACUAAAAGGCACUCGUAUAUCAAAGGAGGAAUUCCUGAAAGCCCAGAAAGGAGAGGAAAAGCCAAAGGAAAAGCCGCUGGAAUGGGGCAAAGGCCUAGCUCAAAAGCGGGAAGCUGAAGCAAGACAGCAUGAGUUAGAACUUGAGAAAGACAAACCAUUUGCAAGGACCAGGGAUGAUCCAGAAAUGGACAAGAUGCUGAAGGAGAGGGUAAGAUGGGGAGACCCAAUGGCUCAUUUGGUGAAGCGUAAAUGGUCAGAGCCAGUUUUGGAAGAUCUGGGUGAUGAGGAGAAGAUGAAAGAAUCAGGAUUUAUAAUUCCUCAGGACAUCCCUGCUCACAGCUGGAUAAAAAGAAGAAUAGAUGCCCCACGGAACCGUUAUGGUAUAAGACCAGGUCGACAUUGGGAUGGCGUUGAUCGCAGUAAUGGGACUGAGAAGCAGUACUUCAAGAGGAUGAAUGAGAAGCAAGCCACAGAAAAAGAAGCAUAUUUAUGGUCCGUCUCUGACAUGUGAACAAAGGCUUCACAAGGAACUGCCAAUUGCUUGCUUGAAAGCCACGCAAAUGUGGGCAAGGCGGAGGUGGUAGGGAUUAGAGCUUUUUAUAGCAUCUAGAAAUUACAAGUCAAUGUUUGGGGAAAUAUUUUUGUGAUUCAGAUGUAUUUUUCUGUCUAACAAUCGUGGUGCAAUAUUAUUUGACCUAAAAACACUUUUUUUCUUUUUUUUCACGAUUUUUCUCUGUUCUAGGACAUUGGUUUUUUUAUGAACGUCCAGCCGUAAAUUAUGCGGCUGAUCAGUGGAGAAAUAAUUAUAUGGAGAGUUGGAUGAAACACAAUCAUGAAUUUGAGGGCAUUUUAGAUACCAAACCUAGGUUCCUUAGCUUGUUGGCAAUUCAGCGAACUGCUGUGCUUUUAUUUAUUUACUUAUUUUGAUUCUGAAUCAUGAGAAGUAAUUUGUUAUAUCAUUAUCAUUAUUUCAUAUUUAUCUAGAUUGUUUUCUCA